CUCUGAUUUUGUUCCAUAUGUCGUUCAUUGGAGUUUGACAAUUCAUAGAAGAUACGUAUUGUCUCCACGAUGCUUUUUUGCUCUGUUUAAUAAUUCUAUUAGCAAUGGAUCUCAAUAGCUUAAACUCUAUUGCAUCUUUAAUAGAUCUGCUUCUCCUAUAACGAUUAAGAGCUCGUUUCUUUGCUCUUAUUGCUUCAUCACAAUUUUGAUUCCACCAUGGUACAUUUUGAUGUUUUUUACUACUUUUAGCAGUUGGGAUAGUUUCUUUGGCUGCCUUAAGAACUACAUCAUUGAAAUAAGAUAUUUUGUCAUUCAAAUUCAGGCCAUAUGGUAUGUUUUUUAGUCCUUCCAUAAUCAAUUUGCUAUAACCUUCGCAAUUUGCUUUUUCAUAUUUCCAUCUGAUGUUUAAUGAAAUAUUGAUACUUUUAUCCCAUGUUUCGAUAACAAUUGGGAAGUGGUCACUUCCGUAUAAGUGACUUUUAGGACUCCAAUAUUUGACCUUAGUUGAGUACAUAGCAUCCGAAAAACUCAGAUCUAUUGCAGAGAAAUUAUUAUUUUUUGCGCUGAAAUGAGUGUUAUCUCCUGAAUUUAGUAGUACUGUUGAAGUGUUGUUUUCAAGAAAUUUUGUGAUGUUUUGCCUCUGUGAUUUAAAUCUGGAAGCAUGGACCCCCAUAAGGUGCUGUGUGCAUUGAAGUCUCCUAGUAGGAGAAAUGGUUUUGGUAGUUGUACUACAACUACUUCUUUCUAUGUCUUCGUCAAAAAAUGCCUGUGAAAAUGAUUAACGGUAAUAUUACAAGAUUAAAAUAACAUUGCUGCAUUGUUAUGGUAUUUUGAUAAAUAUAAGUACUUAAAAAUUGGAUAAGAAAGAAAAGUGAAGAACUCUUAAGUAACGCAAAACAUGAAAUCGAAAUACUUGAAUGUAUGGAAGGUUAUUCUACUCUGUAUGCACACAAAAGAUAACCGCUAAUGUAGGGUUUUAGAUAAUAGUGGCUUAGAUAUCAGUCGAGGAGCUCUAUACAACGAUAGACCACGUCCCUACUACACCUCAACACCUUUUCAUACACAGCAGAAAUUACAAGCAUUUGAUAUGGUUUCAAAAGAAGUGAGAACUAGGAGUAAGGAAGAAGUUGAAGGCGAUAUUGGAAGACUUCAGGAAUGGCUGCUAAAGCAGCCCCAUCUCCCACACGUUGUUCAAAAGGAUAUUCUGUCGACCUUUGUUGUGGGAACAAAGAGCUUAGAAAUCGCUAAACAGAAGCUGGAGGCGAACUUCACAUGGCGUGGUCGCUUGCCGAAUAUUUUUUCCUUCAGCGUCAGGGACGGAGCUGAUCCAUAUUUCAAGCGGUGCUCCAGAGCUGGGCAACUGUUCUUCUUACCGAAGCCGUCUCCUCUAGGAUUCAGAGUCAUAUUCAUGGCAUGCAAGUUCACCGACGGCUUGACGAAGCUUUUCGACCAAGACCAAACGUUAGCUGCUGUCUUCAUGAGCCUCGAGUUGGCGAUGCGUCUCUGGUCUGAUAUGGAAGGGCUAUAUAUCAUAAUUGACAUGGAAACAUUCUCACUCAGCCAUGUUACCAUGCUUAACCUCAAUACCAUCCAAGCAUGUAUUCGCUGCUACCUGGAAUCUGUACCUAUCAAAUUCAAGGGUGCUGCGAUCAUCAAUGCAGGACACUUCAUAAAUAUGUUGUUUAAUAGUACUAUUAAACCAUUUCUGAGUGAGAAAUUUUUGGACAGGGUAAGUAUUACAACGGAUGAUGAAAGGACUCUUCAAAACCAAAUACCUACAGAGCUUCUCCCUUCUGAUUACGGUGGUAAUGAGAAAUCCUCGACAGAACUCAGUGAAGAUUGGAUUAAUUUGCUGGAAGAGAAUAGAGACUGGUUUAAAAUGACCUCAUUUCUUAUUGCUGAUGAAAGCAAGCGGCCAUCCGACAGUAAACAUACUUUUGGAGUAGAUGGGACAUUCAGAAAAAUCAACAUCGAUUGAUGUAAUACUAUUUCUAGCAAUUAAAUGAGAUAAAUUGUUUUCACGAUACUGAUGUACACUAACAAUAAAAUACUGAUUAGUCAA